ACCACCUUCGUAUAUCUCCUUUUCUGUUUGAUGAUCGAAACAUUCGUGUUUUCUUCUUAAUUGCGUUCUAGUCGUUCGUUUGUGUUUCCGGAAGAGAUCGAGAUGGCGUCCAACGGAAAUGUUAGCGGUGUGACCCCAAAAAGUGCAAGUGCGGGCAGGAAUGGACUGCCGAAGAUAACGACGCACAAGAAGCAGAAUGAGAUAUGUCACGAUGACAGUUCUGCGCCUGUGAAGGCGCAGACGAUUGAUGAGUUGCACUCUCUCCAAAGGAAGAAAUCGGCACCAACAACCCCGUUGGACGGGGUUCAAGGUGCGUUUGCUAAUUUCGCUGAAGAAGAACGCCAUAGACAACAACUCCAGUCCAUCAGUGCAUCGUUGGCGUCGCUGACACGAGAAACCGGGCCGAAUUUGGUAAAAGGAGACCCGACCCGAAAACCCGAAACUCCUCGGGUGCAACACGCCCCGGACCACUAUGUCGCCCAGGCAUUCUCUGCUAGUGAUAGUUCUCUCAAAUCUACCCAUGUCCUCCACAAUCUCUCCCCUGCAGAGCUAUAUGAGCAGGCUAUUAAAUAUGAACAAGGGUCGUUCAUAACAUCAACCGGUGCAUUGGCAACCUUAUCUGGUGCUAAAACUGGACGAUCUCCAAAGGAUAAGCGUGUCGUUAGAGACGACGUCACGGAAGAUGAGCUUUGGUGGGGCAAGGGUUCACCGAAUAUUGAGAUGGAUGAGCAUACUUUCUUGGUGAAUAGAGAAAGAGCAGUUGAUUAUUUGAAUUCUUUGGAAAAGGUGUUUGUUAAUGAUCAGUUCUUGAACUGGGACCCGGAGAACCGAAUCAAAGUUCGAAUCGUGUCUGCCAGAGCUUACCACUCUUUGUUCAUGCACAACAUGUGCAUCCGACCCAGCCCUGAAGAACUGGAGAGUUUCGGUACUCCAGACUUCACAAUCUACAACGCUGGGCAGUUUCCAUGUAAUCGAUACACACACUAUAUGACAUCCUCCACUAGCAUAGAUUUAAAUCUCGGUAGAAGAGAAAUGGUCAUCCUUGGCACACAAUAUGCCGGGGAAAUGAAGAAAGGUCUCUUCGGUGUCAUGCAUUAUCUCAUGCCUUUACGUCAAAUCCUGUCCCUUCAUUCCGGAUGCAAUAUGGGCAAAGAUGGAGAUGUUGCCCUCUUCUUCGGUCUCUCAGGUACCGGGAAAACAACCUUGUCUACUGAUCACAACCGGUAUUUGAUUGGAGACGAUGAACAUUGCUGGAGUGACAAGGGUGUGUCUAACAUCGAGGGCGGUUGUUAUGCAAAGUGUAUCGAUCUUUCGAGGGAGAAAGAACCUGAUAUCUGGAAUGCCAUUAAAUUCGGGACCGUGCUUGAAAAUGUUGUAUUUGAUGAGCAUACUAGAGAGGUGGAUUAUCUAGACAAAUCUGUCACAGAGAAUACGCGUGCAGCAUACCCCAUCGAGUACAUCCCCAACGCUAAGAUCCCGUGUGUGGGUCCACACCCGAAGAAUGUUAUACUUUUGGCAUGUGAUGCAUUUGGUGUGCUUCCGCCAGUGAGCAAACUAAGCCUUGCUCAGACCAUGUAUCACUUCAUCAGUGGCUACACCGCACUGGUGGCUGGCACUGAGGAGGGUGUAAAGGAGCCACGUGCGACAUUUUCAGCCUGCUUUGGUGCAGCAUUCAUCAUGCUACACCCCACAAGAUAUGCAGCAAUGCUUGCAACCAAAAUGGAGAAACACGGUGCUACCGGAUGGCUCGUUAACACUGGCUGGUCAGGUGGCAGCUAUGGGUCUGGGAGUCGUAUGAAGCUGGCAUACACUCGCAAAAUCAUAGACGCUAUUCAUUCUGGUAGCCUUUUGAGUGCAAACUACAAGAAAACCGAAGUGUUUGGGCUGGAGAUUCCAACUGAGGUUGAGGGUGUGCCUUCUGAGAUUCUUGAUCCGGUGAAUACUUGGUCGGACAAGAAGGCUUAUAAGGACACACUGUUGAAGUUGGGUGGGCUGUUCAAGAACAACUUUGAAGUGUUUGUGAACCAUAAGAUUGGAAAGGAUGAUAAGCUGACUGAGGAAAUUCUUGCGGCUGGUCCCAACUUUUAAUCGCGUGCGGUGUUGAAGAAAGAAGUGCAGGAUGGGUGAUAUAUAAAUUAAAUUAAGGCUUAUUGGUCUAACAUACAACAUAUAUAUAUAUUUGUGUAGUUGUAUGUUUUGAGUUUCAUUUUGGACUUAUUGUCAUUUAUAAACUUUGUUUCAAUCUUUAUAUAUCUAAUCAAAUAAAACGGUCACAUUGUUCCAAAUUUA